ACUGUCCUUUCGGCUUCUCAAGAACACACACUCUCUCUCUCUCUCUCUCUCUCUCUCAUCAUCAUCAUCAUCAUGCAGAUAGGUUUAACAGUUCCGGAACAUAACCUUCACCUCUUUCAGGCUAGACGUGCCAGCUUCAAGCCUCAUGUAUCACUAUUGAACCCUCUAACAAAAAUACAAGCUGUUCAAGUUCAAACACAGACUGCUAAACCGGUCACGUCCACUGAGUUGACUCGGCAGCACCUAUCCAACCUAGAGAAGCUACUGCAAAAGGACUGCCAGUCAAACCAACAUGACCCACAACCAGUACUUGAGAAAAAAACCAGCAUUGGGUCAUCGGAAAACAAGGGAAAGUAUGUUUUGGAAGGCUUAAAUUUGUCUACAAUUUGGCCACAAAAGAAUGAAGGAGAGGAGAUGUCCCCGCGGCAUCUAAACCGUCUCCACCGGCUUUUAUCAAUGUUGCCGGAGAAAUCUCCGAGGAACAAUCUUGGUAGCCGGUGGCGCGAGUACCACGGCAGCAAUAACUGGUCCGGCCUCCUCGACCCGCUCGACGAAAACCUCCGGCGAGAAGUGGUCAGGUAUGGUGAGUUGGUUCAGGCAGCCUACCAUGGUUUUCACUCCGAUCCAUCCACGUCAGCAGAUGAAGCUCCGUUACCGAGACACGUGACAUUGCCGGAGAGUUCCUAUAGAGUGACAAAGAGUCUCUAUGCCACGUCAUCAGUUGGUUUGCCCAAAUGGGUGGAUGAUGUGGCUCCGGAUCUUGGUUGGAUGACCCAACGUUCUAGCUGGAUCGGGUAUGUGGCCGUUUGCACCGAUUGGAGGGAGAUUGCACGGAUGGGACGUAGAGAUAUUGUCAUUGCCCUUCGUGGCACUGCCACGUGUCUUGAGUGGACCGAGAAUAUGAGGGACUUACUAGUUCAAAUACCAGGACAAAAUGACACCAGCGAUGGACAACCCAAAGUGCAAUGUGGAUUCUUGAGUUUAUACAAGACACACGGAGCUCAUGUGCCGAGUCUAUCUGAGUCCGUGGUGCAAGAAGUUCGUCGAUUAAUUGAACUAUACAAGGGCGAGACCCUAAGUAUCACUAUAACCGGACACAGCCUCGGAGCAGCCUUAGCACUAUUGGUGGCGGAUGAAUUGAGUACGUGCGCGCCAAAAGUGCCUCCAGUGGCCGUUUACUCCUUUGGGGGGCCUCGUGUUGGUAAUCGAGGCUUUUCAAAUCGUCUCAACGCCAAAAAUGUCAAGGUGUUACGUGUUGUGAACUCUCAAGAUGUGAUCACUAGGGUUCCAGGAAUGUUCGCAAGCGAAGACCUCGACAAGAAGCUAAGAAGCACGAAUGUCGCGGGAGUGCUCGACGUGCUGGAUGACAAUAUGCCAUGGGCAUACUCGCAUGUUGGGGCAGAAUUAAGAGUGGAGACAAAGAUGUCACCAUAUCUAAAGCCAAAUGCAGAUGUAGCAUGUUGCCAUGACUUGGAGGCCUACCUACACUUGGUGGAUGGGUUCUUGGCAUCUAAUUGUCCAUUCAGAGCAAAUGCUAAGAGAAGUCUAGUGAAGUUGCUCCAUGAACAAAAUUCUAAUGUGAAGAAAUUGUAUACAAGGAAGGCAAAGGCCUUGAACUUGAACUUGAAUCUUGAAAGAGAUGGAGUUCCUAUGCCUGCUUGUCUGCCAAGUCCAUCUUGACACUUCAUGCAGGUUGCAUAUAUGGUACAGAUAUUUUUUAAUUGAUCACAAUAAAAUGCACAAAAUUUUAUUGUACCAAAUUGACAAACAUA